GAUGGAGCUGCGUGCUGUGUAAACCUUGGCCAAUCGCGGCCGCGGGGGUGGCCCGGGCUGCGGGAGGCCGGGUGAUCCGGCGCGUAGCGGCUUGUGGGCCUGGGCGGGCGAGCUCUAGUAGUGCGCUCCUCUGGUGCUGUCGUCGCUCUGCUUCGGAGAUAGGACCCACCCCGUCCUCUGGGCCCGGGACCGGGCGGGCUCUCCUGCCAGGCCGUCCCACCGCCCCGCAUCGUGUCCGGGACUGCUGGGAGAAGCAGGUGUGUGGCCCGACAACCCUCUCUCCGUCGCUUGCAGCCUUAGCCACGUCUUCGCGGCCCUCCCCGGGCUGCCCGAACGCUGACGUGGAGCAGCCAGUACCGCACCCCUAUGGAGAAGUUUGGGAUGAAUUUCGGGGGCGGCCCGAGCAAGAAGGACCUGCUGGAGACCAUAGAGACGCAGAAACAGCAGCUCCUGCAGUACCAGGCACGGCUCAAGGAUGUGGUUCGCGCCUAUAAAAGCCUACUGAAGGAGAAGGAGGCGCUGGAGGCCAGCAUCAAGGUGCUGUCGGUGUCCCACGAGGCGGAUGUGGGCCUCUCAGGUGUCCAGCCACCAGGCCUCAACUUUCCUGACUCCAUUGAUGACCGAUGCUCCACUCAUAGCGGCGAUAGCACAGGGACCGCCACCAGCUUGGAUACAACGGCCAGUCUCACCAGCACCAAGGGUGAGUUUGGGGUGGAAGAUGACAGACCAGCCCGUGAAACACUACCUCCGAAGUCCGAAGAAGCUAGCGGGUCGGAGAGUGGCGUUAGCAGCAGUAGUGGGGACGGGCCGUCGGCGGGCGGGGAGGCGGACAAACGGCUCCACCAGCUGAAGACUCAGUUGGCUACUUUGACCAGCUCUUUGGCUACGGUCACCCAGGAGAAGUCCCGCAUGGAGGCUUCUUACUUGGCUGACAAGAAGAAGAUGAAACAGGACUUAGAGGAUGCCAUUAAGAAGGCAGAGGAGGAGAGGGGCCGUCUGGAGGGGGAAUUGAAGGGACUGCAGGAGCAGAUAGCGGAAACCAAAGCUCGGCUUAUCACGCAGCAGCAUGAUCGUGCCCAAGAGCAGAGUGACCAUGCCUUGAUGCUGCGUGAGCUCCAGAAGCUGCUGCAGGAGGAGAGGACUCAGCGCCAGGACCUGGAGCUCCGGCUGGAAGAGACCAGAGAAGCCCUGGCAGGGCAGGCAUAUGCCGCCGGUCAGAUGGAAGGGUUUGAACUGCAGGCUAAGCAGCUAACCCGGGAGGUGGAGGAGCUGAAGGGUGAGCUGCAGGCUCUUCGAAAUGAGAAGAAUCAGCCCGACCCCCGGCUGCAGGACCUUCAGGAAGAGGCCGCCCGCCUCAAGAGUCAUUUCCAGGCUCAGUUGCAGCAGGAAAUAAGGAAGACAGCCCUUGCAGAGGAACAACUCCGACAGCAAUCUCAGGUGGAAGAGCAGAGGGUGGCGGCCCUGGAGAACCAAAUAUCUGAGGUGUCUGAACUGUUGGGCACCUACGAGAAGGCCAAGCAGAAGGACCAGCAGGCCAUCCAGAAGCUGAAGGAGCGCAUUCUACAGCUGGACCUGGAGAACAAGACGCUGGCCCUCGCGGCCUCCAGUCGGUCCCCUCUAGACAGCCAUGGCGAGGAGUCCAGUCUGGAUGUCAAUGUCCUGAAGGAUAAGAUGGAGAAGCUGAAGAGGCUGUUGCAGGUUGCAGCCAGGAAAAGCCAGGUGGCCCUGGAUGUGGAGAAGCUCUGCAACCCGGAGAUAAUGCUCACCUCGGAGGCUGCUGAUGGGGAGAAGGCCACUGCGCUCUACUAUCAACAGGAGCUGAAACAGCUGAAAGAGGAGUUUGAAAGGUACAAGAUGAGGGCUCAGGUUGUCCUCAAGAGCAAGAGCACCAAAGACGGCAAUGUGACGAAGGAGCUGGAGGAAGCCCAGGAGCAGCUGGCGGAGCUGAAGGAGAAGUAUAUCUCCCUGCGGCUGUCCUGUGAGGAACUCGAGCGCCAGCACCAGCAGGAGGCUGAGGACUGGAAGCAGGAGCUGGCCCAGCUGCAGCAGCUGCACCGGCAGGAGCUAGAGCGCAACCAGCUGGACUUCAGGGACCGCACGCUGAAGCUGGAGGAGGAGCUGCACAAGCAGCGUGACCGGGCCCUGGCUGUGCUGGCUGAGAAGGACCUGGAGCUGGAGCAGCUGCGCUCUGUGGCCUUGUCCUCUAGCCUGCCAGGACGCAGAAGCCCAGUGGGGGCUGGGGGUCCUGGGGACCCGGCUGACACAUCAUCCCCAGAUAGCCUGACCCAAGCCCUGCACCUUGCGGUGGCCAGUGAGCCCACUUUCAUCCUGUACGCCGAGCAGCUGGCCCGCAAGGAGGUGGAGAUCACCUCACUGCGGAAGCAGAAGCACAGGCUGGAGGCUGAGGUGCGUCAGCUGCAAGAUCGGCUGCUGGAGGAGGGGGAGCGGCACCGCGAGGAGGUUGGAGCCCUGCAGAGCCACAUUGAAAAGAACAUCAGGGACCAGAGCAGGGAGGGAGCCAACCUGGAGUACCUCAAAAACAUCAUCUACCGCUUCCUGACCUUGCCAGACGCAUUGGGCCGCCAGCAGACGCUCACGGCCAUACUGACGAUCUUGCACUUCAGUCCCGAGGAGAAACAAGUGAUAAUGCGGCUCCCAGCCAGCGGUAGCUGGUGGCCUUCGGGCAAGAGAUGAUGCCGUGUUCACUAAGUCUUGAGAUUCCUGUGCCUCUUUUCUGUGGGAAGGGGCGGGCCCUGGCUUCCACUGCCUCUUCGCUUACUUUAACAUUUCCUUCCUUACUGUGCUGAGCUUGGAGGAGUUUUCCAUGUGGGAUGGGAUUUUCUGCCAAAUGCCAUUAAUGCCACUUUAUUCUUGGGCCCUGGGGAUAUGGAACGUGUUGGGACAGCAUCUUUUGGGGGCACAUGUGCAUGCGUCUGUGUGGGUGUGUGUGGGGGGAGAGGUUAGGCUGGAGAGGUGCAAAGGUUGGGGAAGUGGUGAGAAUCUCUUAAGAUAUGAUUUUUUUAAUACCAUGCUUCUAGCUCAGAGCUAGGAGUACAUAUGACUCCCAAGGGAGAUUAGUGAACUAACUUCUACACAUGCGGUGGGAUGCUCAUCCAGGGCACAAUGACCAGCCACUUAAUCCAUCUCAUAAGUCUGCAUCUGGCCCACUGCUGCCCCACUUCUCUGGGAACGUCAAUCCAGGCUGAAAAGCAACUAGGAAGUUUGAAAUGGUGACAGAUUGUCCACUAGUCCAAAGGGCUAAGGAAUAAUGAGUUUGUCCUGGCACCAGGAAGCUUGGUCUAGUUAGGGUUGAGGGGCAACUGAAGCAAUCUAGACCAAACACGCCACUUGUGACCAACCAAGAGAGGGCCUUGAGCACAAUGUUGAUCUUGGAGAGUUCCUGAGUGGCCUGUUUUGGGCCUGGAUAGGGUUUAAAUAGUCAUCUCACACUUGCCCCAGCCUUAACCCAUCUGCUUAAGGUUGGCCUGAACUUGUGAGUAAAUGACAUUGCUAUCUUCUCAAUGUUGAACUUGCACUAAGAAACAAAUCCUAGCUUCUGAAAGAGAGUAAUCAGAUUGGUAAGCUCUAGUUCUGCUCAAAUACAAGGCGGGAGCUCAGGGAUUUGCUCCUGGCUGUUUCUGCCUUUGUAGGGACAGGGAAGAGGAGAAAGGUUUGCUGCAGAGGUUUCCAAACAAUUGCUGUGGCCACUCAGGAAGGUGGCGGCAGUCCAGCUGACCCUGGCCUGGGAUGCUUCCUGUCCCGUGGCCAGCAUUCUGGCUAAAUCUGCAAGUGCCUGCCACCAGGGUGUUCAUAGUUGACUGUCACCAGGGUGUUUUGACCACUCCUUCAGGGAGGUAAUACAAGUUUCAAUCUACAGCUCUCAUCUUCCCCACAGGGUGUCUUGUAGACCAAAUAAAAGAGUAGAUUCAUUCUGUUCUUAAGGAAAAGAGGCUUCUUAUCCAGGCAGUCUGGAAAGGAGGGACUCAGGAAACUCAAACAGUAUCAGUGGCCCACCCUAUCCCCCAUCUGCCCUUGCUAGUUAAAUCUAUCUUUGGACCUUAAAGACCAAGGCUUUGCCACUAACUGGACUGACGACUAUCUGUUAUUUCAAAAUAGAGCUCUGUUUUGUGAGCAUUUGGGGUGCAGAAGACUUUGAUUAAAUGUUCUGAAUGGGAGGCUAGGUGACCUGGAGUAUCUGCCAACAGUGAAUGGACUCAACAGAAGUGAUGUGUUCACAUGAUAAAAACAUAAACCAUGGAAUCAUUAAACCUGAGUGACUUGACCUGUGUCUUUCCUUAGCAGUACAUAUACAUCUAGACACAAAUAGAGUGUGAAUGUAAAUGGAGAAUGAAAACGAUAGAAAUCAUAUUAAUCCAUGAGCUUGAAUCCAGGGAGGAAAAACCUCAGUGCUUUAACUACCUCAUUGACAACCCAAAUGUCUUAGCCUGGACUCCUGUGUAUGUGUUUGUUUGUAGGCAGCUACACUGAGAAAACCCACUCGGGGCUUUAGUGAAUGGGGUUGAAACUUCCAUAAUUACUACUUCAAACUCCACAAGUAAUCUACUCAUGAAUACUGUAUUAUGAUUAACAUCAGACUUAUGGUAUCCUUGAAGAGUUUUCCAGAACACCAAGAUAAACUAAUGUUAAUAUACUUUCUUAAUUUCCUUACCUUGAUUCCCCUAUAUGUAGGCUAAUUUGUGAUCUUUGCUAUUUCUAGUUGGUUGUGGACAAAAUAGAAAGAUCCACAAUCACAGUUGCUUUCCUGGCACUGAUAAUUCUUGUGCUUUUGAGAAGACACCAGACAGGCAAAGAAGCAAGUCAAUUUCUGAUUAAUAAUUUUGAGUAUCUGGAGAUACUUAAGGCUGUGAGGGCUCCCAACUGAAAUGAAAAGUCUGGGUCCCUUCCUACCCUUAGAGAUACUUACAGCCUAGAAACAUAAUGUAGACAAUACAUAAAUUAAAAGUUCCUUUUUUCCCCACCCCUCCCACCAAAUAAUUUUUUAGUCAUUUGACUGGUUUGCCUGUGAUAGACUCUAAGAAAGGAAAGGAGAGAGAAUGAAAGUGGACUUGAGAUCAGAAACAGAAAAAUAAAUUUUCUUUGGGCCCUGGUCCCAGAAUUUCAGAUGGUAUACAAGUUGUGUCAAUAAGAUAAUGAAACUGAGCCUUAUUAAUUUAACUAUUGCACACAGAUGAGCAGGAUCGAUGUCAAGUAGAAGAGAUGGAGGAAGGAAGUGGCGGGAAGGCAAUCUGACCACUCAAAUGUAAGGCCUUCCUGCUCUCUCUUUUCCUCCCUGUUGGGUACCUCCCACCUGGGGAGUAAACAUGCCCGUAUGUCAUGCCGUUGAUGUAAGUCUCCAUCUGUUAUCCAGAGCUCUAGGGCUCAGGCCUUGUCUUGUGAAGCUGCUACUGCAGGUUUUUUGUUAACUCUUGUCAGGUGUGCCAACAGUUUUGAGCCACGUGUGCUCAUUGUAUCAUUGAUUCCUCAAGGUGCUAUUAUUAUCCCAUUUUAUAGAUGAGGAAACAGGCUGAGAUGCUAAAUUUGCCCAAGAUCAUGUAACUGGCAAAUGUCAGAAACAGGUCUGAGUGAUCAAAGCCCACUGAAUGUGAGUGUGCUCCUGCCUCCUCAGGACCUGGGAGGGUUGGCCAUCUUUUAGGGCCCAUCUCCAUCUCUAGGCUGAACUGGGCUGGUUGAAAUGGAGAGAAAGUCUCCAGAUAUAAAUUGCAGCCAAGCAAAGGUUGAACAGGCAAGAGUGGUUCUUGGUAAGAGUUCUAAAGCUGCUCUGUCCCACAGUUUCUAGAUCACUGCUAAUUUUAGAACUUGGAUCAUUCUAGCAAUAUAAAAGGAGGGCUGGAUACUAUCUAUGGCUAAGUGUGUUCCAGCCGUAACCUUUGGUAAAGCUGGGGAAACAGCUUUGGGAAUGGGAAUUAGAACCCUAACGAAUGGAUCACUUUGCCCAAUCUUCACUGCCUUUAAUCCCUUCCCCCACCUACUCUUCCACCUCCCCCAGGCAGCCUGGCACCCCAGAUCUGAUAGGUUUUUGUGCAAGGAACUAGAUUCAGACACUUCUGGGUUGAAAUCCCAGUGCAACCUCCUGACAGCUGUGUGACCUUGGCAAGUUGCAUAACCUCUCUGAACUUAAUUUUCUUAUAACGGGGAUCAUAAUAUUCCAUUCAGCCUUAUAUUUUCAGAUUAAAGAAAAAAUAAAUACAUAAAGAGCCAGCACAGUACCUGGAACAAAGUAGGUGCUAAAACACGUUAGUUCUUUUUCUCCAAGAAUGUGAAGUGGCAGAAUUGGAUGUCAGACUGAGGUCAUUUGGAUUUAAGUCAGUGUUUCUUAACUACAAAUGUUGCUGUAAACGAAAGGGAAAACAACGGAGCUGAUCAAGUUUAUUAAGUACCUUCUAUGAAGCAGAUUGCUAGCAUUUUCCCUGUAUCAUUUUACUUCAUUCUCUUGACAAUCCUGUGAAGCAGGUGGUGUCUAUUUUGCAUAUGAGAAAACUGAGGCUUGGCAAGAUGAAAUGAAUUGCCCAAGACCUAGAGCCAGUAAUGGCAGAACCAGGAUUGAAACUCAGCUUAUCUGAACCAAAUGGCCCUGGCCCUGCCUGCCAUGUCUGUACUGUCUCCCAGCAGACAGCGACAUGGGUUAAUGAAACUGUUGCUCAUUGAGAAAUUUAGGGGCUAUUUUUUUAAAAAUAGACUUUAUUUUUAUAAAGCAGUUUUUAGGCUCACAAUGAUGUUAUGCAGAAAGGCACUAAAGAGUUCCCACAUACCGCCUUUCCCUGCUGUACCCUCUCCUAUUAACAUUUUACACUCAUGUGCUACAUAUGCUACAAUUGAUGAACUAAUAUUGAUACAUUAUUAUUAACCAAUAGUUCACAGUUUAGUGUUCACUUUCUGUGUUGUAUACUAUAGAUUUUUUUUAAAAAUCUAUAUAAGUUUUAUUGAGAUAAUUUUUUGGGUGAAAAUACACACAGUCAUACACCAUUUCAACAAUUUCUACACAUACAACUCACGGACAUUGAUUGCAUUCUUCAAAUUGUGCAUUCUCACCACCCUCCAAAUUGUUCUACCACCAUGGACUUAGCCUCACUGCCCACUAAGCUUCUCAUCUAACCUUUCGACUUACUGUUGUCAGUUUGAUCUCACAUAGAUAAUUCUUUAAAAGAGCACAAUGCUCACU